UUUAUCUCAAAUACACGUCUUUCCUUAAAUCAAACGCAAGCCUUCCUUGGCCCCCACCCUCUCCCCACUUCUCUCUCUUCAAACCGUUGACUUUAUUAUGUUCUUCCAGCACCAAAAUCAACUAUCACAAUGGCUAAAAAAAACUCUCCUUUUAUCUCCCUGAUCCCAAAACCACUUCUUACUAGUGUUUCAAUUUCAUCACCAAGAAGAUGAACAACACAGCACCUGAUUCCUCUGGAUUCCUUGGAUCCAACAACAUAAGUGGCUUUGGCUAUGGCAUAGGAAUCUCAAUUGGGAUGCUCUUGCUCAUCACAACCAUCACACUCACUUCCUAUUUCUGCACCAGAGCACAGGUUCCAGCACCUCCUAGGAGAAGAAAUACUCCUCAAUUCCUUGAGUCAGAGCAUUCGAUUAUCGAUGUGGGACUCGACGAAGACACAAUUCUGAGUUACCCAAAGAUGCUUUACCCUGAAGUCAAGAAGAUUAACAAGUCUUAUUCCACAGCAACAUGCUGCUCCAUUUGUCUUGGAGAUUACAAGGACAGUGAUAUGCUUAGAGUUUUGCCUGAUUGUGAUCAUGUGUUUCAUCUCAAGUGCAUAGACCCAUGGCUGAGGAUGAAUCCUACUUGUCCUCUCUGCAGAACAUCUCCAAUCCCAACACCACUCUCAACUCCUCUAGCUGAAGUGGUUCCAUUAGCUACCAGGCGAGAUUGAUUAUAUUCAUAGGGUGCAUCCACCCCAAUGGGAUGUACACCAAAAAUUAUCUUUUUCCUGCUAGAUUUGACUUCAAGGCAAGUCUAAUGCCAGUUUAAGUUACUAAACAUAUAACAAAGAGAAUAGAUAUCCUGCAGAGGUGAACUAUAACAUGUAAUUAACUGGUCUAAGUUCCAUGUAGUUGAGAUGUUUGUUAAAUUAAUCAGAAGGUAGAAAGAGAUAUUUCUUUUGUUUUCUUUA